AUAGACUAUCCUGGCUACGUCAUCCACGAGGCUGUACUUUGGAGCGAGGUUCACAAACGUUGGUUUUUCCUGCCCAGACAAGUCUCCCGAGCGCCGGUGAUGAAAAACAGCUUUGACAACAUGCAGGGCUCGAAUCUCCUGCUCACCACAUCGGACUGCUUCUGCGAUAUCACCAUCACCGAGAUUGGGCCGUUGAAGUUGGAGCUCGGGUUUUCGAGUCUAACCUUCGUACCGGGCACAAAUGACAACCUCAUCGUCGCGAUAAAAACGUUUGAACGGACCGGGUACCCGUCGACUUCAUUUUUAAUGCUCUUCGACAUCCACGGCCAGACCCCGAUCCUGAUCGGCACGCUGCUCGACAUUUUCGGCGUGGUCUUGUCAGCACUGACUGUUUACCUUCCUGGAGGCGUUACAGCAGCUGUUGUUGGCCGAUUCAUCAAUGGAAUUGGUCAAGGGAUUGUGCAGACCUCCGGCUCGGUGAUGCUGGCCGAAAUCCCGCCACUUCGGAAGCGUGGAACAGCUUUGGCGACUUUGAACGUGUUCGGCGGCAUUCUGACGAACUGCUUGCUGACGGCGGUGAACCACCUCGGUACUGGGAACGUGUUGGUGCCGUUCGUGGGGAUGAACGUGGUCUACGUUGUCGUCAAUUAUUGGUACUUGCCCCCGACGGCCGAGAAGACGCCGCAGGAAGUUUCCAUCCACUUCUCAGCCGAUCCGCCUCUCCAGGGUACCAUCACCUACAUGUCGCGAAAACUCGGAGACCUCUACCACUUUUUCGUCCCGGCCAAGCUGUUCAGUUUCGCCAAUAUACUAAAUAUUCUAAUUUUCGUUGCGCAAGUCGCAUUUUGCGUCAUUUUUAUGAAUGUCUUUACGGGGUCGGAGUCCGGAUUUUCCGCUUACUGGUCCAUUAAAAAA